CACCGGCACAGCUUCGACAUCAAGGCUAGCAGUCUACGACGCCUUGUGCGCAUCUCAAAUCUAGUCUAGCGCACAUCUCCCACUAUCUCUACACUCCUAAGAUUCCUCACGCAUUCGCGCACUACCACACCGACUGUCUUUGCCACGUUCAACCCAUCACGACUUCCGCGACCAUUAGUGUCCAUCAUGACCGCACUAUUUAACUUCCAAUCCCUGCUCCUCGUAAUCCUCCUCACCAUCUGCACUUCUACCUACGCACACUACGUGUUUCCGGGCAUCAUGGACCGUAACAAAGACAACUACGUCGUAUCUGUAUUCUGGAAAUGCGCGCGUGUUGGGGAGAGAUUGAGUCCGUAUGUUAGUUUGGCCUGUGUUGUUAUGGCGGCCUCGAAGUUCAUGGGGCAAUGGUGACGGAUAAACGAAGAAGGGGAGAUCACUAAUGUGUGUAUCGUGUCAAGGCAAUCGACUUUCGACACAACAGUCUUCAACAAGCAUGGCGUUCGGCGUAUGAUUGGGAGGUGAAGGGAUUGUGGCAGGAAUUCUGAUUCAUAUUAUCAGCAAGAAUCAUGGUCGGAAUAUUACAGCUUCAUUCGUCACAAAAGGCCCCCAGGCCGCACUCAACUUGUCAGGAGUCGAAGCUACACAAUGACCACAUUAAACACAACUGAAACAAGUUACACAACUUUAAUGAAC